CGCGCGGUGUUUAUGAUCGAUCUCGGAGCGCGUGAGCUGUGAUUAAAUCGAUGGAAUCCCUCGGCUCGCGCUGCGAUGAGGAGACGCGGGAUUUGUUUAAUUAUUUAUAUCUCUAUUGUCCUUUUAUUUCUUAGCAGCGGCGAGAAAACGAAACCGCGCUGCGGUUCAAUUCCGACUGCAAAUGACCGUUCCCAUGGCAACGCGAAUCUGUGCGAGGCCCCGCUCGCGAAAGCGCGGCUGAGUUCACGAGGCGCUUGGCGGGAAACGCGAAGUUACGGGGAGUGGAGAGCGUGGGGAGAGUCACAGGGAGAGUGGAGAGAGAGUGGAGAGAGCGUGGAGAGAGACGAGAGAGAGCGUGGGGAGAGUGGAGAGAGACGCGGGGAGAGUCACAGGGAGAGUGGAGAGAGUCACAGGGAGAGUGGAGUGAGACUAGGGAGAGCGUGGGGAGAGAGACGCGGGGAGAGUCACAGGGAGAGAGCCGCGGGGAGAGUGGAGAGAGCGGUGGGGAGAGUGAAGAGAGAGCCACAGGGUUAGAGAGGCGGGGAGAGCCACAGAGACCGCGGAGAGCCGGGGUAGUGACGAGCGCAGGGGAGAGCCGAGCUGGACUUGGGGAGAGUACAGAGACUCUGGAGAGAGACGUGAGGAGGGGAGGAGAGGAGAGAGACGUGAGGAGGAGGAGGGGAGAGAGUGCUGCAGGAGUCAUGGCGUUUGAGGACGCAGCCGUCUUCUGCGAGUUCCUGCGCAGGGUCAGUGAGGAGCAGCCACAGAGAGCAACAUUGUUUGAGGACGACGUCACCGUGCGGCUGCUGGUGGUGGUGGACGACGAGUCUCACCCGCUGAGCCUCGUGGGCGAUGCGGCAGGACGAGCGGUGCUGCUGGCCGAGAGACGCAACGCGCAGGAGGAGCAGCGGGACCCGGACGCCGGACCCCCCAAGUUCAGGGGGCCGGGGGGUCCAGGCGGGGACGACAACAACGACAACAACAACGACAACAACGACGACAACAACGCGUCCGGGCUGGAGAGCCCCGCACCGGGGGGCGGCCCCCUCCCCAGCCCCCGUCGCCUGUCGGAGCAGGAAUGCCCGGCUGCCCCCGACUCGUUCGCCCUGCCGCUGUCGGUCGCGCGGCGGCUCGUGUCGUGGUACAUGCUGGCUCAGGGUCCCUGCGGGCCCCCUGACCGCGUGCACGAGGGCGCCGCGGGAGCCCUGCCGCCGCUGUGGGUGGCGUGUGAUGCCGCAGACCCCGAGGGGACGUGCUGGCUCGGGGCCGUGCCCAUCCUGGGGGCGCCGGGGUCGAAGGGCCGAGCCAGGGGUCACGCUCAGGGCAAAGGUCAGCGUAGCGCCGGAGGAGUCGCGCUCUACACGGCCACGUGCCAAGGGCCCGUACCUCGCCGAGUGGCACUGCCCGCCCUGGACAAGCUGUGCGAUGCCCACAAGCAGAGGCACCACACCAGUGCGGUGAAGACGCGUGCGUACGUGCGCUACGAUGUAUUUGGCGCCAACUCCGCGCUGGACUCGACAGCGCCGCUGGCCGGGCCCGAGGCUCAGAGCAGCCUCCUGCUCGACUUCACCUGGAGCCGCGUGGCCCAGCUGGGCCAGCCUCCGCCGGCCGACGCUACGGGGACCCUGCUUCUGCGCGUGGAGCCCGGCGACCCACGGAGCCCGGCCUUCUCUCUCUACCGCGAGCUCGACUUCCUGCUGGCCCUGGCGCGAGGCCUGCGCACGGGGGAGAUGGAGUGGCCCGAGGUGCUGGAGGCGCGGCCUGCGAGCGAAAUCGUGGGCUCGCUGCUCGAAGAGAAGCGCGGAGGAGAGAGCGGUGGGCGAAGUGGGGCCCGUACCUCGCCGAGUGGCACUGCCCGCCCUGGACAAGCUGUGCGAUGCCCACAAGCAGAGGCACCACACCAGUGCGGUGAAGACACGUGCGUACGUGCGCUACGAUGUAUUUGGCGCCAACUCCGCGCUGGACUCGACAGCGCCGCUGGCCGGGCCCGAGGCUCAGAGCAGCCUCCUGCUCGACUUCACCUGGAGCCGCGUGGCCCAGCUGGGCCAGCCUCCGCCAGCCGACGCUACGGGGACCCUGCUUCUGCGCGUGGAGCCCGGCGACCCACGGAGCCCGGCCUUCUCUCUCUACCGCGAGCUCGACUUCCUGCUGGCCCUGGCGCGAGGCCUGCGCACGGGGGAGAUGGAGUGGCCCGAGGUGCUGGAGGCGCGGCCUGCGAGCGAAAUCGUGGGCUCGCUGCUCGAAGAGAUGAAGAGCGGCCAGAACUUCCCACAGACCCCGGAGGUGACGGAGGAGGUAACGCGCUUACGGAGUCGCGGGGGGGCAGCACCUCGGUGGACGCCAUCAUCCUGGCGUCUGCCGUGCCCAAGCGCAGCGACCUCGAUUUCACCGAGCAGCUCUGGGUCAAGGUCAAGUCCGCCAUGUCUGGCUACUCCGACUUGGUCAAGUGCCUCCGCCUGGUCCUGCAGAGCCUGGAGCGCGGCGACAUCCAGCCGUGGACUCACCGCGACAGCGCGAGCCAGCUGAGCCGCGUGGUGCGGCGCUCUCUGGAGAGUGGCGGCGGCAUCGGCGGCGCCGCGACGGCGGCGGCGGCGGUGGAGCCGGUGACGCUGGCGGGCCUGGCGCCCGUGCAGCUGCUGCUGGAGAUCGGCCUGGAGAAGCUGCGCCGUGACUACAUCCACUACUUCCUCGGACAAGAGCUGACCACUCUCAACUACCUGGAGCACUAUGUGUCGGGCUGGGGCGACGUGCAGGGCCAGGUGCAGCGGCUGCACCAGCUGCACCACGCGCUGGAACUGGUGGCCACCUACCGCUCCGUGCUGCACCCGCCGCACGAGCAGCUCUUCUCCCUCACCACGAUGGUUCUGCAGUAUUACCGUGACCACGCGCUGGACCCCGUGCGCUGCUUCCACCUCGCGAUCAACCCCUCCACCGUGCGCCAGCUGCUGCACGCUGAGCAACCAGUGGUGUGGCGCGUGGUGGUGGCGAGCGGCCAGGGCGCUGGGGAGGCCCGCAGCGUGUGGAUGAUGUCGACCAAGCCGCCCAGCAAACACCACGCUGACGCUGGCCUGGGGACCGGCGAGGAGAGCGAAGAGCCGCACUGCUACGUCACGCACUUCGGGUGCACGCACGUCCUGUUCUCAUAGCUCUCCCUCCCAAACACUCGGCUCCUCCCACAAACAGCUGUCUCCUCCCACAAACACCUGGCUCCUCCCACAAACAGCUGUCUCCUCCCACAAACACCUGGCUCUUCCCACAAACACCUGGCUCUUCCCACAAACACCUGGCUCUUCCCACAAACACUCGGCUCCUCCCACAAACACUCGCCUUCCUCUCAAAAACUCGGCCCCUCCCGCAAACACCCGACCCCUCCCACAAACACUCGGCCCCUCCCACAAACACUCGGCUCCUCCCACAAACACUCGCCUUCCUCUCAAAAACUCGGCCCCUCCCGCAAACACCCGACCCCUUCCACAAACACUCGGCCCCUCUGAAACACCCGGCUCCUCCCACAAACACUCGCCUUCCUCUGAAACACCCGGCCCCUCCUACAAACACCUGGCCCCUCCCACAAACACCUGACCCCUCCCACAAACACCCAGCUCCUCCCACAAACACCCAGCCCCUCCUACAAACAGCUGGCUCCUCCCACAAACACCUGGCUCCUCUCACAAAUACUUGGCUCCUCCUACAAACACUUGGCUCCUCCCACAAACACUGGGUUUCUCUUACCUUAAACACUCGUGAUUAAACUGGGUUCCCCAGUGUAAAUUUAAUUACUUCACUUAAAUACACAGAAACCCACAGACUCGCACACAAACCUAUAGACUCGUACAGAGACCCACAGACUCACAUACAUCCACAGGUCUACACAGAGACCCAUAGUUUCACAUACAUCCACAGGUUUACACAGAAACCCACAGACUCGCACACAAACCUAUAGACUCGUACAGAGACCCACAGACUCACAUACAUCCACAGGUCUACACAGAGACCCAUAGUUUCACAUACAUCCACAGGUUUACACAGAAACCCACAGACUCGCACACAAACCUAUAGACUCGUACAGAGACCCACAGACUCACAUACAUCCACAGGUCUACACAGAGACCCACAGACUCGCACACAAACCGAUAGACUCAUACAGACACCCAUAGGCUCACAUACAUCCACAGGUCUACACAGAGACCCAUAGGCUCAAUAUGCAUGCACAUGUACUCGAUGGUCUCGGCACAUUAACAAACGACUGCACGUGGAACGACGCCAUCUCGUUAAAUGCGGUUUUGCACUUAGAUUUUGUUGAAUUCCAGCGUUGGGAAUUAAAAUAUCGAUAUAUCGCA